GAUCCCACAUAUCCCCUCUUCCCUGUUUUCUCUUUCCUUGGGUUCAUCCUUGCCCUUACGCCUUUGUCCUGGCAUCUCCAAGCAUGGAACGCGGGCACCUGCCUCUACAUGCUCUGGGCUGGUUUAGGUAGCUUGAAUAUGUUCGUCAAUGCAGUAGUCUGGGAUGGAAGGAUAGACAACAUAGCACCUGUGUGGUGCGAUAUAUCAACCAAAUUCUUCAUCGGUGCAGGAGUCGGAAUUCCGGCGGCAUCUCUGUGUAUUGUCAGGCGUCUGUAUCUCCUAUCGUCCAUACGGUCCGUUAACAUGACCAAGCAAGAUAAAAAGCGUGCUGUAAUAGCCGAUCUUGCGAUUGGCCUCGGUAUUCCGCUGCUGAUCAUGAUUCUUCGUGAGUUGUUCUUCGUGAGUUGUCACCGUUUUGACAUAUUGCAAGAUAUUGGGUGCCAGCCGGCAACAUAUAACACGCUUCCCGCGUACUUCCUCUUGUUCAUGUGGCCACCACUACUAGGCUGCAUCUCUUUCGUGUAUGCAGCACUAUCCUUGCGUAACUUCUUCAUCCGUCGCAUCCAGUUCAGCCAGUUCGCCACUUCAGCCCAAGCAAUGAACGCAAGUCGAUACCUCCGAUUGAUGCUGCUCGCAUGCUGCGAAAUCUGUUGCACCAUUCCGAUAGGGAUCUACAGCAUCUACAUUGACAACAAGGGCGUCCCCAUCGCACCUUGGGUUUCGUGGUCGGACACGCAUUAUAACUUCUCGCGUGUCGGUCAAGUUCCAGCGCUAAUAUGGAUGAACGACCCGUCUUACUAUACAUCUGUCCAAUUAUCCCGCUGGAUUUUCCCUGUUUGCUGCAUCAUUUUCUUUGCUUUGUUCGGUUUCGCCGAGGAAGCCAGGAGACAUUAUAGUAUGUUGUUCUGGUGGAUUGCGAAGCGAUUCGGACUCAAGCCUCCUGCAAAGAAGCUGCAAGCUACUCUCCCG